AUGUCAUCAAAUAGUGCAUCUUCUGUUUCAACUGAAUCAAAUGGUCUAUCAUUGUCAAGUAUUUCAUCAAUUUCAACAACAGCAUGUGAUGAUCGAACAUGUUCAACAGCUAAAUGUGCAUUAUGUCUUCACUGUUCUCAACAAUAUUGUUUUGUUCAUUUUCUUAAACAUAAUGAACAAUUAUCACUUAAUGCUUAUAAUUUUACAUUAGCUAUUGAUCAACUUGAAGAUCAAAUAAAAAAUUUAAAAUUAGAUGAAUCACUUCGUCGAACAAUACAUUCCCUUGAUCAAUGGCGUAAAAAUUUAAUACGAACAAUUGAAUAUGUUUAUCAAGAAAAACUUUCAUCAAUAAAAUCAAAUUAUAUACAAUUAAGUAAUUAUUUACAACAAUUUCAAUUUGAACAAUCAUCACAUAUACAAGCAUUAAGAAUUGAUCUUGAACAAAUGAAAUUUAUUCGUAGUACCUAUGAUCAAGAAAUGGAAAAAAUUCAAGCAACAAUAAAACAAUUACAAAAAAAUUUUUCCGAACUUCAAUAUGAUUUACAUUUAAAAGAACGUCAAACACCAAAUAUAUAUGAUUCAAUUGAAUGUGAAAUUAUAUGGAAACGGCAUCGAACAGAUGAUAUACAAACAUCAACAAUAGUUGAUGGAAGUGAAGAUGAUGAAGAUACAAAUCAUGAUGAUGAAGAUGUUCCAGAUUAUUCAACAACAGGUACACCACCACCAUCAACACCAAGUCCAACAUCAUAUGAACAUUGUUUACUUUCAUUUCUUGUUGGUAAUGAUUCAAUAACAAAUAAAGAUGAGAAAAUAAUAUCAUCAGAUAUUAAAAAAAUUUUACCAAAUAAAAAAAAUCUAUUAAUGGAAAAAAAACAAACAAAUAAUACAACAUCAACAAUAACAACAAUGUUAAAUAAUAAUAAUAAAAAGAGAAGAAUUUGUAUGAGUUGUGGAAAAUGCUAUCAUCCAAGUAGUUUACAACGUCAUUAUCGUCAAUGCAAACGUCAAUCUGCUUUCCGACAAUUAAAUUCGUCAAAUUCUAAUUCCAAAUUAGUCGAUGAAACAACAUUAAAAACAGUUACUAAUAUGAUCAAUCAACAACAAAAUUUAGUUGAUUCAUAG